AUGCCGCACUCGGCGACCUCGGCCGCGACGCACAACGCCCCCGUCAACGGCGCAUCACCACCCCUCCCCGAACCCGCCCCAGCACCCGCCAAGAUGGCCAGCGCCGCCGCCCCCCUCGACCGACACAGCUCAAUGCACGCCCGCACGCUGCAGCAGGCCGCCGAAGACUGCAACCGCCGCGUCAACGCCCUCCUCGCCCUCGACCCGGACUCGGCAGCGGCGAAAUCGACAACGACGACGACAACGACGACAACAACACCACCCCACGUCCUGCGCGCCGUCCAGUCCCGCGUCCGCGACGCCCUCGCCGUCAUCGACGACGCCCUCGUCCGCUACCCGAGUCCCGACAGCCUCUCCCUCUCCUACAACGGCGGCAAGGACUGCCUCGUCCUGCUGCUGCUCCUCCUCGCCGCCCUCGCCCGCCGCCGUCAGGCCACGUCGGCCGCCGUCGCCGCCGCCGCCCCCUUACCCCGCCACCCUGCAGGCCCGUCUACAUCCUCGCGCGCCACCCCCUUUGCCGGAGGUCGGACGCCUUCGUCGAGAGGCCUCGGGGCGCCCCACUACGGCCCUCGACCUCGCCGGUUUCCCCGCCCCCAAUGA